GCGUGCCGCUGCUACCAGCACUCUUAGUGAGUUACGGACCGCAUGCAAGUGCGCAUCGAACGUAUCGGUGGUGUCGCGCUUAUUCUUGCUUGCACUUUUCCACGUUUCACCAUCUAGAUUCUUCUUCGUGCCUGAACUGCGACGUGAUUUCUCCACCGACCACCUUCCCGGUCGAACGAGCGCCGUUUAAACCAGAUAUCCGUCACGGUUCUUCACGUCGUUUAGAAGAAUCGUUACCUCGUGACAUUUGUCAGUCGAUUGCUUAGGACUUCGUUUCCCGAAGAGAAAGGAGAUUCAUUCGAGGAGAAAUAUCAUUCCAAGACUUUCACGAUAAAACGUGAUCUCCCAGGCAUAAUUUUGAAAAACAAACGAAACGAGAUCCAAACAACGUGCAUCGUGUGACGUAUCCCGAUGGAGGGAACCGUCGUCGUUUCUCGGCGCACGAGGGGAGGACAGAGAAAUAGAAGGGGAAUAGAGUGACACGCGAACAGGAGGAAGACGCACGCAGAGGAGAUCAUUUAAGUGCGCAUGUGCAAAAAGUGCGUGGCGCGCAGGCUGAAGCUUGCAAGCGUUGUUAUGUUUUUGGUGGAACUAGACGUGUACGACCUCGUUAAUUUCCUUAUCCGUCGCCUUGUUUUCGUUUAGUGUACACAGUAAGCUUAGUAGUUCUUCGAUGGUGUUUACGGAUUGUUCGGCAAGUGAAACGAACAGUAUACGAGGAGCCUAAGUAAGGGACAGAACUGACAUCGCAAAAGUCAAGUGACAGAGAGAAAACAGAGAAUCUUUAUCAUUGAAAUAGCAACGAUCUAUUGCGUUUCGUCAUUCGAGCGUGCUGAUUGCAACGUGCGUGCACGUGUGGUGUUAGUGAAGAACAGUCAUACAAGAAAUGCAAACAUGUCGGUCUGUACACGCGCGCGUGCGUUCGUUCUCGCGCGCAGAUACGACACGAGGCUCGGACUCGCGUGGUACGAAAUAACGUGCAUCAGUUGGUGAAAGAUUCUACGCGGUAUUUUUUCGAUCAGACUGUGUUAUUCGAUGGACACGACAGACUACUUUUAGUGUAAUACAGUGAUUUACAAGAACUACGAUCAACGAUUACCAGUGGUUCCUCGAUCACCGAACGAACAAUUUACUUGAAACAAGUUCCUUACGCUACUAGUAUCAGAUUGUACGAAGAAACGAUGCCAUUGUAUCAAAGGAUCACACCUGACGUGUUUAAUUUGAAAUAUAUCCUGGAAGGAUAAAGCUAACACGAGAAACAGUAGCGAUCCGUUCAAACGUUUCUUCGAAAUUCUUGGUAGUUAUAGUAAGGAGGGCCCGACUAGCGGGCCGUUCGUGUUUUCGAGUAAAAAGGGAAAAGAAACAGCCGAAACUCUGGCUCCCAUACAGUUGAGCGGCGGUAGUGUGUCCGACAGUGUGGAGAAUUCGCAGGACAGCAUGGAGAACGGAGACGACUCCGCUUCUGCUCGAUUGGAAAAGAGCUCGUCCUCCUCCACAAAUGGCACACUCAACCCCCGCAAACCACCGAAUUGCGCGCGUUGUCGCAACCAUCAGCUAAAGAUCGCUGUGAAAGGGCACAAGAGAUACUGUAGGUAUCGUUAUUGCAAGUGCGACAGCUGUAAGCUGACAGCGGAUCGGCAACGAGUGAUGGCGAGACAAACUGCGCUGAGAAGAGCCCUGGCGCUUGACGAAGUCAGAGUCAGGGCAGCCGAGGAGGUGGAUCCACCGCCAUUCGGGGUGGAAGGUGAUCGACUUCCUUCGGUUCCUCAGCCAGCUAGAAGUCUCGAGGGUAGUUACGACAGCAGCAGUGGAGAUUCGCCUAUCAGCAAUCAUGGCAAUAACGGUGUGCACAGUAACCUAGGCGCUGUUAUCAGUAUACCUACUUCCAGAAAAUUACCCCCGUUGCACCCUCACACUGGUACCACCACCCAUUUGCAGCAGUCGCAGAGCGGUGACACCGUGGAAAUUAUGCUGGAAUAUAGUACCAAGCUUCUAGAACUCUUCCAAUAUCCUUGGGAAAUGCUACCAUUGAUGUACGUCAUUUUGAAAGAUGCUGGGGGUAAUCUUGAAGAGGCUAUGAGGCGCAUAGUGGAGGGUACCAACGAGAUUCGGGCAAUGCACUUCUGGAAAGCAGUAAGAAUGGUCCAAUCAGGCCGGUCAACGUAUUGCUGCACCGGAUACACUGCACCUACGGGUGCACCUACUUACGAGGGGCAGGUACCCUACAUAGGAGUUCCACCACCCCCGAAUGGUGUCCACCUCAGGCCAAUUCUGCAUCCUUUGAAUGCUCACAUGUCGGUCAGCAGAGUACCGCCCAGCCCUGACAGUCCUCCAGAACAUUCUACUACGUAGCCAUGAUCGAUUACCGACCAGUCGGUGAAGUAAAGCGACUGGAAGAACAGGUCGAAUCCAAAGAGAAACGACGUCGUGUUAAAGAGAAGGAAAUAGGAGGGGCCCUGGUAGAAGAGGAAUCGGUAUACAGAAAGGAAAAGAAACGUUACUUCUCAGUAUUAUUUCGUUCGCUCUCGUUGUUCCCCGAACAGUUCGAAUCUUAGCAUCAACCAUCAUUUUCGUAUACCAUUAGGAAAUUUCCGAUUCAACCGGAACCGUGUAUUGUUAUUUCACCCCUCGGUGGUAGCCUCGAGGGGUACACAGGUUACUCGAUUCAAUCGACGAUUCUCCAUCCGGCGGAAGACGAUCACGAACGGUACUGAAGCUCCUCUUCCUGAGACGAGACACUUGGCUCGAAAGUGGCCUGUUCCGAGAGGAACACGAGUUUACAGGCUAUCGACGAGAAGGAAUCGGUGUCUCAAGGUUGUCUUCGUUCGGGCAACAACGUCGCGAUUCGUGCUCAUGUUUCGAACACGAAGGGAUCCAGCCGCAAACAAAUCGUGAGAGAGAAAGAAAGAGGCAGAGAGAAAGAAAGAGAGAGAGGGUACGUUGUAUUCAGCAUAGACUUCUUCGCGUUAUUUCUCUCUUCUUUAGGAUGUUUUUUUAUUUUUUCUUUUUUUUUUUUCUUUCUUUUUCUUUCGCUGACCAAGAGAACAAGAAAAUCAUGAAACGUUUUUGUGAGUGGUUCGUGGGAUGCCGUGGGGUUCACGGACAACGUACACCUCGGGCAUCCCUCGUCCUUGCACGUCCUUCGGUUCGUUGAUCGAAUCUGUCUCCCCACCUCUCUCUUUUGUCUUCUCUCUCUCUAUAUAUCUUUCAAAUCGAUCUUCUUUUUUUCGCGUUAAAUAUUCGCUCUGUAGAGCACGGAUCGACGUUGUCAAGAUAGGGGAACAGGACACGCGUUUGGAGCCGCUUCGUACAGCGCCGGGCACGGGGAGCUUCCUUGGGGCAAGUGGCACUGGUCCGAAGGAGACCCUUACCACCUUUAGAAAAUUUUAUUUCACUCUUCAGAUAUUUGAAUUUUGAAAAUUUUCUGAAUUUUCACGAUUCUAUGGUCUCCUUUACUUAUAUCGCCAUUUUCUUUUAGGAAGUCCUCUUUGCUCGUCGGUGUACAGUUGCAAAAGAUGCGCCUCGCCGACCGGUUACCAGAAUCCAGUCGUAAAACGCCGAUCACUUCACGGUUUUCACGAUGAUCGAGCACCGAUCGCGUACGGUAUAUUUCGCAUACAAGAUUCAGCCAAUGUCCUCUGGCUUAUAGGUAACUUUGUACAGGAAAGCCUAUAUGGGAUUCAGGAGGCGCGAUGGCCACCAUUGAUGGCCGCGGUUCCACGAGACCGGGCUCAUUUUCUACCCCUUCCUGUCAAACAAAUUUCGAAACUGGAUCCCAUUGAUGAUCCCGAUCAAUAUUUUGCCACUCUAAGGGCGUCGACGAGCCUCGUAUAUAAUCGAAAGGAGGUUUGUGUUCAUACGAACGCAUUACUGUACCGUGGAAGCGACAAAUCGUGUGAUUUAGGUGGCAAAGGUAAUCGAAAAGACUUCUGGUUUAACAGCCAUGGAAGAGAUUCGAGACCCGGCUCUCCUGUAAUAUAUUGAAAUUUCAUUCUCGGGCGAACGUCCGGCUGGUUUUUAUUCUUGUCAAUUUGCAACGUUGCUUUAUUACUUAUAUUCAUAUGAAACUAGUCGCACACCUGUCCUGGCAUAGCCGAUUUGGCUAAUAGGUGAAUUAAAGUUAAUGCAACUUGGAUCAAAAAACGUGUUUUCCAGGAGGUUUAUGGUCUGUCUACACAGCUUGGAUAGAAAUUCAGUUUUUCACUCGAAUUAAACACGCUUCUCUCCUUGACGUGUAAUCAAUUUUAACCUUUUCCCUGCUGCAUCUGUUAUAAAGUAUCAUUACAAUUUAAUCUUUAUUACUUAUAUGUAGUGAUGCUCUUGAGGUACAUCUUCAUUUCAUCGCUCGAUAACUAAUUCUGCAUAGAUUAUGUGUAUCUUCGACGAUAUGUAUGUACUUACAGGAUGAUGCAAAAAUUAGGAAUGGAUUUCAAAAUGAUAGCAUAUGAUUAAUAAAGAUUAUUUUUAAUAAUAAACAGAGGGAGGUCCUUUGGAUUUUAAAUUUAAAAUAAAAUUCUGCAAUUUUAUUUUGCUAUAAAAUCAUGUAACCAUCCAUAAUAAAUCUCCAAGGUGUGUUUUAUAAAUUCUAAAAGUAGGAAACUAUCUAUCAGUAAAGACGUAAAUUGAAAUUCUCUUGUUAACUAACGUUUAAUUUGUAAUUAAUAAAAAUCUAUCUUAAGAUAUCAUAAUUUUUCCUGGGAGCUUACGCAGCGAAAGGGUUACAUCUCGAUCGAAUACACAUCACAUUACAGAAAACAAUUGAGAGUACAAAGCUACUGUUCGUUGAACAUAAAAGAGAAAAUGGUGUCGUUUAAUAAAAAGUAGAUCCGUGUCGAUAGGAUGUGAUCAAGAAAUCGACGGAUACGUCAGUUGUAUGACCGAAAUGCAAUAAAACGGCCGCUCAAAAACUGGUCAUUCCAUCUCGCGGCAAAUUAAUUUUCAAAUAAGAAUAUCGAGGGCUGUUUUAUUCUUUCGCCCCUUUUUUUCUCCCCCCUGUUUCCGAGCUCCUCCUCUUUUUUUUCUCUCUCUCUCUCUCCACGUUGCCGCUCUCCUCCCUUCCUCCUGCUCGUUCCUCUUUCCCCUUUUUCUUUUUUUCUUCCCUCUUUUCGUACAGCGGGAACACGUUCCGAGUAACAAUUUGAUGCGAAGCCUGAUUGGUUAUUACCGUACCGAGCUUAAUGACUCGACCCGUUUAAAUGAAUUUGCUUCCCGAUAAUGAGCAUGCGUGCCUCCAAUAUUUAUCAUUACCCGUGGCCCGGUCUCUCACCGCUUAAUUUGCAAUAACAGGAUUUUAUUUACAAACUGAUGCUCGUCGUCUCGGUUUCGUUUUGUCCGCGGCCCUUUGGCCAACCAUCCGAAGCAAAAAGGGUCACUGCACCUGGUGGAUACCUUGUUGGACAUUGUGGCCAUUUUUGUCUUUAGUCACGCACGUUCAUGCAGGAUUAAAAAACAAACAAAAAUAAAAAAGGAAACGUAGAGUAUCACGAUGUAGAUAGCGAGAGAGAAGUGGGACCGGUGUACCGUAAGUGGUACAACGAAAUAAUAAAUGAAUUACAGACAGUGAUUCCGAUGGAUGCAAUUUGCCGGAAGAGAAAUCGUUUUAUUCGGUGAGGUAUUAUAUUGAUAACGAUAAAUAAGAAUUCUUGGCACACAUGGUACGUUCAGGGGAUAGCGUGAGCGAUUAGCAUGGCGUCGAUUUUUUAUUCGUUUAAGUUCCUUGGUUAGAAAGUGCGACGCUUACGAAUGCGAAUAUGAUUUCGUGAAAAAGAGUAAAAGAAAAAUUCUUCGUGACACUUGACAGGAAUUCGAAAUAUUAUUUUUCUUUCCUCCCGUUAAAUUUUAUUGAAAAUAAAAUUUUCUUUUGUUACGAUGAAUUUUUUCGUUUCCUUUUAUGUUUGUAUAAGUAACGAUUUCUAUUGUUGUUUCGAUGAAUAAUUAAACCAACUGUACAGCGAAAUUUAAUAUUUUUAAAAUUAUAGCAUUGUUACGUAUAUAGAUGUUUGUUAAAUUUUUCUGAACAAAGGUGUAGUUCCUUCUACUUGAAACUUGAAUGUUUGUAUCGCGAAAGAUGUGUAUUUAUUAAUCGAUUAAGAUGUUCAAUUAUCAGUUUGUAUUUCUUCUGUAGCGACGGAUAGUAAAGCAUAAGCAGUUUAAACUACAAAUUAUAGGAAAAGCAGAAAAAAUAUAUAAUAUGCAAUAGCGUUAUGUCGAAUUUCAACGUACUAAAAAUUGACUAAUGGUGUUACCCGAAGGGCAGCGAUACUUUUAAAAGAGGAGAAAUGAAUGAGACUAAAUUAAAAGUGUGCAAUAAAAAUAUGUUUCUACCGAAUUUAUUCGUACAGCUUUGCGGAAAUAUUCGUUUCGAAGAUACAUCGUGAUUCAUACGCUCGUAAUCGAAUGUUAAUUAAGCAAAUUUAAGCCAUUUAUUUUAUUCCAUUCUUUAUUUGUACUUAUGGGUAAUGUAAUAAGAUAUAAACUUCAAUAUGUUA